UGAUGCAUGGGGGUGGGAGGAGUCCUCCGGCAGUCCAGAGCUAGGUCCUGGUGCUGCUGGGGGAUGUGUGUAUGUCAAGGGAGUUUGCGAGUGUUUAGAGCGGGCGAGACGAGAGGAGAUCGGCCAUGGGCAGCUGUUUCACGAUAGAACCGGAUGUAGACUUCGACGGACCGGUUGAUUUCGACCAUUUCCACAUCCUCAGAGCAAUUGGCAAAGGGGCCUUUGGAAAAGUAAGUUUUCUACCAUCCACUCCUCACAACUCACUCACACUUCAGACUAUUUGCAGGGGCUUGUACCAAUUAGCAGCACGUUUAUAAAACGUGUGAAGACACUAACUUUUUCUAGCUCGUCUGUGUAUUUGUCGCCCCUGUCAGGUAUGCAUCGUCAAGAAAAAGGACACGAAGGAAAUGUACGCCAUGAAGUACAUGAACAAGGUCCAGAUCAUCAAGAAACAUGCAGUGGAUAAUGUGUUUCGAGAGGUUGAGAUUUUGUGUCAGUUGGAGCACCCGUUCCUGGUGAACCUGUGGUUUACCUUCCAGGACCAGGAGGACAUCUUCAUGGUCCUCGAUCUCAUGCUAGGAGGUGACAUAAGCUACCAUCUGGAGAAACAGGGAAGAUUCACGUUAGCGAGGGUCAGACUCUACGUGGCUGAACUGAGCCUCGCUCUGGAGUACCUGCGAGAGCAUCUGGUGAUCCACCGUGACGUGAAGCCAGCCAACAUGCUCCUGGACUCUGGCGGACACGUCCAUCUUACUGACUUCAACGUGGCGUGUAUAGUUCGACCUGGUGUGGCCAUCACAUCUGUCACGGGCACCAAACCAUACAUGGCCCCAGAGGUUCUCAACAGUCACAACUCCACGGGGUAUUCCUAUGCGGUGGACUGGUGGGGUCUGGGAGUCAGCGUCUAUGAGAUGCUUCGUGGACAGAGGCCGUUUUCCAUCGACCGGCACAUGACGAACGAAGAGAUUGUGUCCAACAUUCGACACACGCGGCCGUCUGCCUCAGUUAGGUGGGACCACCAGACAUGUGACCUCCUCAAAAUGCUGCUCCAUCCUGAUGACAGCAAACGGCUGCAGAGUGUCGAGAGCAUGAGGAAACACCGGUUCUUCAAGGACAUCGACUGGGACCAGGUGGAGUGCAAGGAAACCACGCCCGUCUACAUACCAGCUCAAAAUCGGAUACACUGUGAUCCGACUCAUGAACUGGAGGAGAUGAUUGUGGAACCGAAUCCUCUGCACAAGAAACACCACCGACUGUCACGUCGAGCUUUCAAGGUAGAGGACGAGACACUGAUGGAAGAGCUGGAAAGAAUGGAAAGGAGGUUUUCAGUCUACAAUCGAAUGAGAUUAAAGGAUGCGCAGAGACCUACAAGUGAAAUUGCUGACGGUGAGCUUCAGGACUCAGCGACGGACGGGGAGAGUAGGGAAAGUCUGGACCAGAAACUAGAAGUUGAUGCCGUCGUAGUACCCCAGAAGAAGAGUGAGAGUAGGUCAAGUGAUGGUGUGACUCGUGGGUCCCCAGCUCCGGGAAAAGAGGCUUCGACACCACCGCAGCAGAAAGACGAGGGAGGAGAGAAGGUGACGGGAGAAAGGAAGGAGGAGGAGGAGGAGGAGAGGGAGAUAAAUUCUGUACCCACGGAUGCUGCCGGUGACGGUGGUGAUAGAGAGUCAGACAGAAAACUGAUUGCUAGUGGUGGGGAGAAAGAGGGAGGAGGGGGAGGAGGGGAGGAAGAGAGCGGGACAGUGGCUGGAGUCACGUCUGAGCAGGACAUGACUGUGGCACCAACCCCUCGAGAUACCACCACUGCCACCAUUGAAAUUGAAUCCACUAGAGACACACACAAAGGAGCUGAGGGCAGCGAGAGAGAACCUGUGAUUGUUAUGCCCAACAACCCUGCCGCGCCCUCAGAGGACGCCCCCGUCAUUAGUGGGUCGUCGUCGGUCGAAAUGGGAAGCCCCGCCCACUCCGACGACGGUGCCCAUGACGACAACGUUUCGCCCACGCAAACAGACUCCCCAAACUUAAACCCUGUGGAACGGACGGACUCUAUGAGCAGCGGGGCUCUCCUGUUGCCACGAGAACAAUGACGAGUGCCCCGCCCUCUCUGUGUAAUAUAUUUUAUGAAACACUAUCGGAUAAGUUAUUCAUUCACAAUAUAAUUGAGUCAGCAUGCACACCUGCUCCCCUUUGAAGGUGCCUCUGUUAAAAAAGGUGUAUUACAUAGAAUGUGUGCAGUGUGUGUGUGUGUGUGUGUCUUAUCUUCAUUUUCGUUCAGCUAGAAAUGAUGUCGCAGUGCCAGCUGUGGUACUAGCAUUAUGUACAUGCACUCCUCCCAGUCCUGUAUGAUAUAAUAUUGUCAUAGGUUUUAUUGGCACUAUUGUACUGAAAUUCUAUAAUUAUAAUUAUUAUACUAUUUUAUUUUUGUGGUGUCCAUUGUUGUAAGGU